AUGAACUCAGAACAACAACAACAACAACAACAACAACAAGACCACCAUCAAGAAUCAACUCAAUCAUCUUCAAAUCAUCAUCAUCAUCAUCAACACUCAAACUCAUUACCUAAAACUCAUCAAAACCCAAUCAAAUCUGAACUUACCAUUCCACCUUACAAUCCAUCUAAAAAGAAUCAUCAUUCAUCUCAAUCUCAACAACAACAACAACAUCAUCAUCAUCAAUCUAACUCAACUCGUCCUAGACCUGUCACCACUGCCAUCACACCUGUCUCUUCUAACAAUCCUAAUCAUCAAACUCAAUCUCGAAAUCAUCUACCACCCAACAUGCCAGUUCCUGCUACACCUUCGAAUCGUAAUCGAGCAUCUCAUCAAAUUCAAACUUCAAACACUUUACCAAACACUUCAACAGAUGAAAACUCAUCUCAAUCCAACUCACUCAGUAUGGUCGGACCUUCUCAUCCAAUGCCACGUCAAAGAAUCUAUUUCGGUCCUUAUCUCUUACUUCAAACACUCGGUGAAGGUGAAUUUGGAAAAGUUAAAUUAGGUGUUCAUUCCUCACCAGACAGAUGGGGUGAAGAAGUAGCCAUCAAACUUAUCAAACGUGGAAAUGUAGAUACUCAAGCUAGAAUGAUCAAGGUUGCUAGAGAAAUCGAUGUUUUGAAAUUGGUCAAACAUCCUAAUAUCGUUCGAUUAUAUGAUGUGAUUGAAACUGAAAAAUAUAUUGGAAUCGUAUUGGAAUAUGCUUCUGGUGGUGAACUCUUUGAUCAUAUCUUGGCUCAUCGUUAUUUAAAAGAAAAAGACGCGUCCAAAUUAUUUGCUCAACUUAUUUCGGGUGAUCGAUCGAAUGAUUUGAUGGCCACUUCUUGUGGUUCACCUUGUUAUGCGGCUCCUGAACUGGUCGUACAAGACGGUCGAUACGUUGGUAGUCAAGUGGAUGUUUGGUCUUGUGGUGUGAUUCUAUAUGCUAUGUUGGCCGGUUAUCUUCCUUUCGAUGACGAUCCUUCCAACCCAGACGGCGAUAACAUCAAUUUACUUUACAAGUAUAUCAUCAACACCCCGCUCAGCUUUCCUGAAUGGAUCACUGAUCAACCCAAAGAUUUACUCUUGAGAAUGCUCGUACCUGAUCCUUUGAAGCGCUGUGCGCUUUCGGAAGUCACUUCUCAUCCAUGGCUAGCUAAAUACGCUCAUCUCUUUGAUCGCUCAAUUGAAGAACUCGAAUUGAUUUCAGAAGAUAAUGAACAACAGAAACGGAUGGCAUUACAGGCUCAGAGACAGGCUAUGGCCGCUAACAAUGGUCGGGGUGGAAGUGGAGCGACAUCAGGUGAUUCGAUGGGUCGUAGUCAAAGUGCAGCUCAUCCUUCUGGUAUUUCGGGUCGAGCACGUGCUCAUCAGAGUGCCAUGGUGGUUCCUACGACGUCUAGUGUGGCAGAGAGCGAGUUUGUUCAAUCUCCGAGUGCUUAUCAACAGCAACGUCAACAAUCUACUACGUCAGGCUCAACUUCGACUGUCACUCACUUGCAACCUACUCCUCAACCUACAGCACCGACAUCGAAGACCAGAAGAGCUCAAGCUCAAUCAGCCAUGGUCAUUCCAACUAGUACGACUCGUCAAAACAAAGAGAAUGAAGUUCUGGCCGGUAUGGAAGAUGUUCAUAAUGCUCAUGGGGCUGAUCACAAGAAGCCUGUCGAACUGGUUAAUGAUGGCGAGGAAAUCGCUUCAGGAACCAAGGACGCGAGUAAGAAACGUAAAGUUAAUGCAGCUGGUGUUACACCUGGCUCAAACCAACAACGAUACACUGUUCAAGUCGAAUAUAGCGCAACACCUAGUCCAGAUUCUCGAGCAAAGGGUAAAGCAGUUGAACGAGUUGGAGAAGAUGGUAUGGUAGAAACGAGAGAGGAUGAAGCUCUUCAAACACCCAAGACGACUCACCGUCCAUCUCGUCCAACAAACGAAGACACACCUAUUGCUCGAGAGGCUCGUGAUGUGGUACAAGAGAGUACACCUCCACCUAAUCGAACGACUAGGUCAUCUAACACUAGUGCUAAUCCGGUUAUCAAUGUUACUCAACCACUUGCUGGAAAAGAAAAUGAAGCUCAAAAAUCGGCUCAUUUACCUUUCCCUUCACCACCCAUUGGAUCAAAGACCAUAACUAUGAUUGGAGGACAAUCAAAUCAAGCGCCUGCUGGAAAGCCAACUCACACCAAUGUGGAAGGUAUCAUUGCGGCAGAAUCAGCUGCAUCGAAGAAGGACAGUCGACAUCGAAAAGGAAUGUCGACCGAUCGAUUCUUAUCACGUUUACUUGGUUCGAGCCAACAAGGUAAUGGCAACAGUGCGAUCCCACCGUUACCUCCACAACCACCUCCCAGUGCAUUGAAGAAGCCUACUGGCUAUAGUGCUGUAGCUAAUGCAUCUAAGAAUACUAGACGAAAGGCUCUCAGUAUGGUAGUUGAACCAUUGAGUGGGAAGAUUCCAGGAACAAGUUCGGCUAAUCGAGCCAAUAGGAAAUCAGCCAAGGUUGUACCUCCUUCGCCUGGAACGGUUACCAGUCCUACAUCAUCGAAUGCAUCCAAUGAUCCAUCAAGGAGACCUCGACGUGGUAGUACUAUGGUACCUGGUUCAUCUGAAAGUACUCGACAUAAUCGAAGGAUGACAUUAGCAGGAAGUUCGAAGAAAGAUGGCACACAUGGUCAAUUAGUGAUUUCGAGUCCUGUUUUGAUCAAUCCUCAACCACAAACUCCGAUCAGUCCAUCUACUCAAAUCCUUGGUGAAGAGACUGUAGUAGUUGAUGAGAGAGGUUUAUCGGGAUCACCUAACUGGAGUCAACAUACGGCUGCAGGCAAUAGCACUUCUCAUCUCAGUUCUAGUUCAUCUAAGGCUAAGAGGGUGAUGGAUUGGUUUAGGUUCAAGAGUUUGAAUACUAGUACGACGAGUACUAAUACGACGGUGAUGAAUUCUAAUCCAACUAAUUAUGAAGAAAGUGUGAUUCCUCCGACUCCGUUUAUGACGGAUUUUGAUGAACGUAGGAAGAAUGGAGAAUCGGUGGUAGGUAAUUCUGGUAAUGUGAAUCAAAUCAACACUUCUUCCAAGAAUACUACUAAACCGGUGGCUAGUAAUAGUAGUUUGAGUACUAGAGAUGUUCAAACUACUGGAGAUGAAUCUGCGGUUUUGGUUCAGAACAAUACAACAAGAUCUACAUCAGUGAAUGUGCCACCACAAACUACACCGUUUAAUGAUUCGAAAUUAAAAUUACAUCAUGGAGCGAUUGAUCAGAAUGCGAUUUCAUCCAUCUCACCACCUUUGAUUAUGUUUCAAUUAAAGAAGAUCUUAUGGGAAUUAGGAAUCGAAGUGACAGAAGAGAAUUCGAUGAAAUUAAAAGCGAUGAGAAGAUCCAAGAAAAAGGUAGUCGCUAGUCUUGGAUUAGGUGUUUUUGAAGCUUUACAACAACAACAACAACAACAACAGAGUGGUGGGACUACUUCGGGUUCAUCUUCUAUUGGUGUACCUCCUUUACAUGGUCCUAAUGGUGGUGGUAGUAGUGGGGGUGGUGGGUUUAAGUCAAUCUUUAAUAGGAAAGCUUCGGGAAUGUCUGUUUCGGGAAUUAUUGAUCAGAUUGGAAGUGUGGGUAGUGGGAAUGGAUCGAAUGAACUUCAACCUUUACCGGCUUAUUCUGAUGAUCCAUCAGUAGAUAGUGGUGAUGAUGUUAGAUUUACUGUGGAGAUUACUAAGUUGCGAGGUUUGAAUGGGCUUUAUGCUGUGGAUAUUAAACGAUUGAAAGGAUCGUUGUGGAGUUUUAAGUAUUUGUAUUUACAAAUCUUGGAAAAAGCUGAGUUAGGUGGUGGUGGUGGUGGGGGUGCGAUUGGAGUAUGA